GAUUCCAUAUCACCCACCCUCCCCCACAACAUGAUACCAGAGUUGCCUGGUGCUUCUGUUCUUUCUUUAUUUAUCAUUAUUUAUUAUUAUUUAUCAUUAUAUAUUGUUGUUGUCAACAAAUUUAACAUAACUAACAUUUUUUGUUUGGCCGGACAACAAAAUGUAUGCAAGUUGUGAAUUAAUAAAAUAUAUUUUCCUAUACUUCGUCAACUAUACAUUAGUACAUUUUUAUAUUAAGGUCUUCAUGACUCCAUUUUUUUUCAAUCCUCUAACCCCAAUAAAAGAAAAAACAAACAUUUUUUGUGUGUGAACUAAGAUUUUACUUUCUUUUCUUUGGGUUUGAUCACAUUCUUAAAUAUGUGUAUAAGUAUUAUUCAAUCAAGAUCAAGAUCUAGCACAUAGAACAAGGUGUUAGCCAUUUCAAAACAGAGGAUCUCUGUUUUUUUUAAGGGAAAAGUGAGAAUGAAAACAAAGAUCUUCAAGUUGGUAGAAUUUCUGAUAAAAAAAGGUAAAGUGAAUAAGGAAGAACCACCUUAUGAUCUUAAGGAAGCUUUUACAAAGUUUACAAAUGGUGAGAAUCACAUGUCAAAGGAUCAACUACUUCAAUUCAUGGUGGAGUAUCAAGGAGAACAAAAUUGCACCUUGUUGGAUUUGGAACCAAUUUUUGAAAAGCUUUUGCAAAAUGGAAGUUCUAGCAAUGAAAGUACUAGCAAUAUUGCAGGACUUAGUUUGGAUAAGUUCAUCGAUUUUCUGCUUCUUGAUGAUUUCAAUGGUCCUUUAAAAAAUGAGGUACAUCAUGAUAUGAAUGCUCCCUUGUCACAUUAUUUCAUGUAUACAGGACACAAUUCCUACCUAACUGGGAAUCAAUUAACUAGUGAGAGCAGUGAUGAACCAAUUAUAGAGGCUUUGAAACAAGGUGUACGAGUAAUUGAACUUGAUUUAUGGGCUUCAACUAAACAUGGUGGUAUUAAAGUAGUUCAUGGAAGGACUCUUACCACUCCUGUUCCACUAACCAAAUGUUUGGAAUCCAUAAAGGAACAUGCUUUUGUCAAAUCUGAUUUUCCAGUCAUUCUAACUUUGGAAGACCACUUAACACCAAAACUUCAGGCUAAAUUUGCAGAAGUGGCAGUUCAAAUAUUUGGAGAAAUGCUCUAUUGUCCUCAAACAGAUUUUUUGACAGAAUUUCCAUCACCAGCAUCACUAAAAAAAAUGAUAGUUAUAUCAACUAAACCACCAAAGGAAUAUCCUCAACCUGAUGGUGUCAGCAAUCAGGUGCCAAAUGGAAGUGAAUCAUCUGAAGAUGAAACAUGGGAAUUGCAAGAUUCUAUAGUUAAACUAGACAAGGAAGAUAUAAAUACAAGUGAUUACAAAUCAAACCAACAAAGUCCGCGUGAAUACAGACAAUUGAUUACAAUCCAUGGUGGGAAAUCAGAAGGUACUAUGAAAGAUAGACUCAAAGUUGAUGAUGGUAAAGUUAGAAGGCUAAGUUUGAGUGAGAAGAAACUCAAAACUGCUUCUGAAUCUCAUGGAGCUGACCUUAUUAGGUUCACACAGAAAAAUAUCCUCAGAAUUUUUCCUAAAGGAGAACGCGUAAAAUCCUCAAAUUUUAGGCCGCAUUUAGGGUGGAUGUAUGGAGCUCAGAUGGUUGCAUUCAAUAUGCAGGGUUAUGGAAAAUCACUCCGAUUGAUGCAAGGGAUGUUCAAAGCAAAUGGAGGAUGCGGUUAUGUGAAAAAACCUGAAUUUCUAAUUCAAGAAGGGGCAGAUAGUGAGGUUUUCGAUCCUAAAAGAACAUUGCCGGUGAAGCAGAUAUUAAAAGUAAAAGUAUACAAAGGUGUUGGUUGGAAGUCAGAUUUCAGUCGAACACACUUCGACCGAUUCUCUCCACCAGACUUUUACACAAAGGUUUGUAUUGUUGGAGUUGGAGCUGAUUGUACGAAGAAGAGAACAAGAGUAAAGAUGGACAAUUGGUAUCCUGUUUGGGAUGAAGAGUUUGAAUUCCAGUUGACUGUUCCAGAGCUAGCGUUGCUUCGGAUCGAAGUAAAGGAUAAAGAUCAGACAAAAGAUGAUUUUGCUGGACAGACUUGUUUGCCUGUAUCAGAGCUGAGAUGUGGAUUUCGGUCUGUUCGUUUGUGUGACAGAAAGGGAAAGGAAUUGAAGUCUGUCAAGCUAUUACUUCGCUUCGAACUUGAAACUUUAUAGACAUUGUAGUUAUAUCAUUAAUCUAAAUAUAAUGUCUUUUUGUUUGGGUCAUUGUAACAUAUUUAUCUUUUAUCUUCAGCUGCUUGAAAUAGUAUUGUGGGCUUUAAUAUGUUAAUG